AGUAGUUUGCGACGGUAGUUUGCGGUUACAGGAAAAAGGCCCUCACGUCCUCUCUCAGGUUUCUUUCUGUAAACACUAAUAUUUGUAGUGAGUAUAAUAUAUCCACAAUUCUCGAUUUUGUCUUCCAAUAAUUGUUACACAAUAUUAUUCUGUGAACAUAGAACGGAAUAGAACUAAACAAUUAAUCACAAAAAUUGAAAAUCGUGGAUGUGUUACCCGCCGGAAAUAUCAGUAGUUACAUGUAGUUCAACGUAUAUGUACAAUUUGUGGUACAUUGACUUAAUAAACGAGUUCUAUCUAAAUGGAUAUGUCCACUCUUCUGUAAUGAUAUAUAUCUUAUUUGGGGGGCACUUUAAUUUUACCCCAGAGACAUAUGACUUUUUAAUUUUUUAAAUCAAACUUAGCGAACAAUGUUCAAAUUUCGAUUUGCAGAAAGUGCAACCGAUAUUGAUGAAGCAGAUAGCGAACAGAAGGAUAAAUUAGAAUGGAUUUCUGCUUCCAAACUUGAAAUGAUUCCCGAAGAAAUCGAAGCAAAAUAUGAGACUUAUUAUACAGAGACCGAAGUGUUUUCUGGUUGUAAUUUAAAAUUAAUCCGUUCCGAUAAAGUAACGCAGAAUUUAACUGAUCAAAAUUGUCAGAAUAUUAUUGAGGCCGAGUCGAAACAUUCCGAUCUCAUUCCAGCAAAAUACGAAGGUGGUUUAAAAAUCUGGGAAUGCACAUUCGAUUUGGGCCAAUACAUAUUGGAAAAAGAAAUUGAAUUGAAAGACAAACUUGUUAUGGAUUUAGGAUGUGGCGCUGGAGUGAUUGGCCUUCUGUCUCUUCGUAAAAAUUCCGUCGUCCAUUUCCAAGAUUACAAUGCCGAAGUGCUAAAAUCCGUGACCAUACCAAACGUGGUAUUGAAUUUUGAUCGUACGAUUAUACUGACGAGAUGCGAAUUUUAUGCCGGGGAUUGGGCUUCUCUCGCGACAUUACUAGACGAAAGUAAAAAGUACGAUUAUAUCUUUACGAGUGAAACGAUUUACAAUCCUGACAAUCACAAAAAAUUAUAUGAAAUUUUUAAGAGAAAGCUAAAAGCCGAUGGUGUUGUAUUUGUCGCUGGAAAAACCUAUUAUUUUGGCGUGGGUGGUGGAAUGAGACAAUUUGAGAAUCUCAUUUUGAAAGACGGAUGCUUCGGCGUCGAGUUGGUGUGGAGAAGUCAAGAUGGAGUAAACAGAGAAAUUCUGAAACUCACAAGGAAACCGCAUCAAGAACAUCACGUCUAGUGU